UUCUAUAAAAAAAAAGUAUUAAAAAAAUAAAAUAAAAUGUAUUGAUAACCUUCCUUUAUAAACAACCUCACAGGACCCAUUCCAUCUGAUAUAUCCACAUUACUUACUUUUGCUAGCACCAUAGAUCUCUCAUUUAACAAAUUUAAUGGGGAAAUUCCAGCAACUUUAGGUAACUGCACAUACCCGAAUACUCUUAAACUUGAUGACAACAUGUUAAGUGGUGAUAUCCCACAACAACUUGGGCAGCUUUCUAGGAUUAGAAAAAUUUAUUUUGCCAACAAUAAUUUAUCAUGGCCGGUUCCACUGUUCCCCCUUGGCUUAACUUGUGUUGAUUACACGAAUAAUAGUGAACUUUGUAUAGGACAAUGUUCAAGGAAGAUCUUGCUGUAGGCUAUGCUUUUUCUGUGACUUCUGUUAUUGUCCUCUAUAUGUCUUACUGUGCAUCUUGGAAACAAUCGAAGCAUAAAAGAAACAAGCGGUACCGGAACAAGGCUAGAGAAUUCCGGAAAUAUAUUUGCUCCAUUUUUGGGAGGAAGACAUCAACUCAAUCUCAUACCGCACACGAAUUGCAACCUCCACACUUGCAAGAGAAAGCUUUCAAAGAGAUUUCGGUAGUAACAGAGAGAAUGAAGUCCACAAUGAAGUUCAACAAAGUCAGAGAUGCAACUGAUUGCUUUUCCAUAGACAAUGCCAUUUGGAAUAAUGUACAAGGGAAGGUUACCAAAUAGUUGGAAACUUGCAAUCAAGAGACUAGUCGAUUCUAAACAAUUUAAGAGGCAAUUUCUUUUAGAAAUAAGAAUUUUGGGCAAGUACAGACACAAAAAUAUGGUUCCCCUGCUUGGGUUCGGGUGAAGGAAAGGAAAUGAAAACUUUUUUUUUUAA